AUGAAGAAGUUUUCUCGGAUGCCCAAGUCCGAUGGGAGCGGCGGCGGGACGGCGUGUGUCGGCUCCGGUGGCGGGGUGAGCGGCGUCGCCCUGGGCAAGGUGGUCACCGUCGGACGGUACCAGGUUACCCCCGAAGAGCUGCUGGCAGAAGGAGGCUUCUCAACCGUGUUUCUGGUGCGCACCCACGGAGGGCCACGCUGUGCGCUGAAGCGAAUGUACGUGAACAGUGUGCCAGACCUCAACAUCUGCAAGAGAGAAAUCACUAUCAUGAAAGAGUUAUCUGGGCACAAGAACAUCGUGAGCUACUUGGAUUGUGCUGUGAACUCCAUAAGUGACAAUGUCUGGGAGGUGCUCAUUCUCAUGGAGUACUGUAGAGCUGGGCAGGUUGUGAAUCAGAUGAACCAGCGCCUGCAGACAGGCUUCACUGAGGCAGAAGUGCUGAGGAUAUUUUGUGACACCUGUGAAGCUGUUGCCCGGCUGCAUCAGUGCAAAACGCCAAUCAUUCACCGGGACCUGAAGGUGGAGAAUCUACUGUUAAAUGAUAAUGGGAACUAUGUUCUCUGUGAUUUCGGCAGUGCCACCAACAAGUAUCUUCAUCCCCAGAGAGAUGGUGUGAAUGUGGUUGAGGAAGAAAUUAAGAAGUACACAACACUGUCAUACAGAGCUCCUGAGAUGAUCAACCUUUACGGAGGAAAACCAAUUACUACCAAGGCAGAUAUCUGGGCACUUGGCUGCUUGCUGUACAAACUCUGCUUCUUCUCAGUGCCCUUUGGAGAAAGCCAAGUUGCUAUUUGCGAUGGAAGCUUUACCAUCCCUGACAGCUCCCGGUACUCCCACAGCAUGCACUGCUUGAUCAGAUAUAUGCUUGAACCAGAUCAAGAACAGAGACCUGACAUUUUUCAAGUAUCUUACUUUGCCUUUAAACUUGCCAAAAAGGACUGUCCAGUGUCUAAUAUAAAUAAUUCUCCUGUCCCUUCAACUCUUCCUGAACCCAUGACAGCUAGUGAGGCAGCUGCUAGAAAAAGCCAAAUAAAAGCAAGAAUAACAGACACUGUUGGACCAACAGAAACCUCCAUCGCCCCACGCCAGCGCCCCAAGGCCAACGCCAGCAGCGCCAGCGCUGGGGUGCUGGCGAUCCAGAGCUCCGCAGCGCCGGGCAAGGUGCAGGCUCCUGGGGAACUGAGCAGUCGUGGGCAUAAAGGAGUCACACGACCAGGGAAUGGACAAGAAAUCUUGCAGUCCCAUGGGACCACCCAGCAGCAGCCCCCACAGCAGAACAGGGUUCUCCAGCAGCUGCAGCAGGGAGACUGGAGACUGCAGCAGCUACACCAUUUACAUCACCAGCAGCAGCAGCCUACACUUCAGGAUGCUUACAUCCAGCAGUAUCAACAAGCAGUGCACCAGCAGAUGGUCCAGCAGCAGCUGUUGAUGCAGUCUGUAUACCAGCAGCAACCUUCCCAACCUCAGUACCCUGCUAUGGUGCAGCAGUAUCAGCAGGCUGUCCUGCAGCAGCAGAUGCUUGCUCAGCAGCAGCGGGCACAGCAGGCACAGUCCCCUGAAUACAUCACUUCUCCACAAGACUUCUCACCAGCCUUAAUCUCCUACCCUGGGUCACUUCCAAUGUGUACUGGGACAGUGGCAGAUUCUUCCUACCCUGCAAGCAGGUCAGGUGCUCCUGAUGUUGAAGCAAUUACCAUUUACCCAAAGCAGAGUAUCAAUAACCCACCUGAUAUGUCAGGCUGGAACCCAUUUGGAGAGGACAAUUUUUCCAAGCUGACAGAGGAGGAGCUGCUGGACAGAGAGUUUGACCUGCUAAGAUCAAACAGGCUGGUGGACAGGAGAGCAUCCUCAGAUAAGAUUGUGGAGCCACACUCUGCUCCACAGAAAAAUCCUCCUGAAGAUCCCUUUGGUUCUGUUCCUUUCAUUUCUCACCCAGGUUCCCCUGGAAAACAAGUGGAUAACUCAGCCAGCAGCCAAGGGAACCACCUGGGGACCCCCAGCAAGGCUGGGAAGCUGAGCCAUGCUUUCAGAGACCCCCGGCCAGGGAGGAAGGCUGCAGAGGGACAAGUGGCCAAAGGAGGCGAUGAGUCAGAGAGUGACUUUGAAUCUGAUCCUCCUUCUCCCAAGAGCAGUGAGGAAGAAGAAGAACAGGAGGAUGAAGAAGUCUUGCAAGGAGAGAAUGGAGACUUCAAUGAUGACAAUGAUACAGAACCAGAGAACUUAGGCCACCGACCUCUUCUCAUGGACUCAGAGGAAGAGCUGGAGGAAGAGGAAGAAGAGAAGCAGAGUUCUGACUCUGACUCUGAUCGUACCAAGCAGAAAUCUGGAGAAGGGCUCCUGAGCAGUAGGUUCAGAGAUGGUGAAGUCCCAGAGCCCAGUCCAGUGUCUACAUCUGAGGUGCCAAGUACCCUAAUCAAGGGGAACCCUGGCCAGGAAUUUGAUGUGUUUGGGGCCGUGCCCUUUUUCACUCUGCAGCCUCAGGCAGGGGAGAAGAUGGACAAAGAUGGCUCUUCCCAGGUGGCUUUUCCUGGCCUGACCCAAGAGCAGGAUGACUUUGAUGUGUUCACCAAGGCCCCUUUCAGCAAGAAGGUGUCUCAGCGUGAUGGCCAGCUGGCAGGAACCGUGCCCCUGCUCUCCCCCAGCUCUCCACACUGCGUGGACAUUUUCGGGUGCACUCCAUUCCAGCCUUCCCUGCUCCCCAAGAGUGGGGGGAGCAAGGAGGACCUGUUUGGGCUGGUUCCUUUUGAAGAGAUCACAGGCAGCCCACAGCAGAAGGUGAAGCAGCAGCGCAGCCUGCAGAAGCUCUCCUCCCGCCAGCGGCGCCUGAAGCAGGAGGUGCCCAAGAACAACGGGAAGCGGCACCACGGCACCCCGGGCAGCACCAAGAAGGGGCCGAAGCCGAGCUACCGCACGCCGGAGCGAGCCCGCAGGCACAAGAAGGCUGGGCGCAGGGACUCGCAGAGCAGCAAUGAAUUCCUCACCAUCUCCGACUCCAAGGAGAACAUCAGCCUGGCACUGCCUGACAGCAAGGACCGAGCCGGCAGCCUGCAGGCUGACGAGGGGCUGCUGGAUCCCUUCGGAGCCAAACCCUUCCACCCGCCUGACCUGCUGCGGCAUCCCCAGCACCAAGGCUUCAGCGAGGGCCGCGGGGACCACAGCACAGUUGUGGUGGCCGGGAGGGCCAGGCAGAGCUCCUUGCACGGAGCCCUCCAUGGUGCUGAUGGGCUGAGAACAGAUGAUUUUGGCGCAGUGCCCUUCACAGAACUGGUGGUGCAGCGUGCCCAAAGCCAGCAGCAGCAGGCGCUGGAGCUGGACCCCUUUGGAGCAGCUCCCUUCCCUGCCAAGCAGUAA